GUUGGCGCGCAUGCGCAGUGUGAGCAGCUUGCCUGAGGUAGCUAAUUUCACUUAGCGCAGCCGCGACGCUUUUUAUUUGUACCUCAGUGCAGUUUCCUUGCUGUUAUUUAGUCAGUACGGCUUUAUAAACAGUCUGGAAUCCGUUAUAACACCGAAUGGUGUACGUGAGGGGCAGCUAAUAAGUUGGUGACAUUACUAAUUAAACAUUACUGUCUCCGGGCCACGCGAUGCACCAUGGAGGAGGUCCACAAAAUGCACAGAGAAAUCCACAGAGAUCCAAAACUUUCACAGGAUCUGAAGCAGAAGAGCAGCAGCAGCCAGUCACAGUCACACAACAACAACAACCCACAACUGUCACUCAUCCGCAGUCCCCGGUGACAACGUUUACCACGGCAGCAAGCCCAGCGGUCUCGGCUCCUCAGUCCCCCAACUACCAGAUCAUCAUGAGCCGGAGCCCCGUGGCUGGCCAGAACGUGAACAUCACCCUGCAGAACAUGGUCCCAGCGAACCAACAGAUCACGCUGACGUCUCUGCCGCUGCAAAGUCCUGCUUCGCCCGGCUUCCAGCACCAGGCUCCUCAGUGGCGGUUCGAGCACGGCUCGUCUUCGUACAUCCAAGUGACUUCGCCUCUUCCUCAGCCGAUUCAGCCUCAGAGUCCGACUCAGCACAGCCCUGUUCCGCUGCAGGCUGUGACCAGGCCGGGCACUGGAAUCAUGGUACGGCAGAUUAACCUCAGCAGUUCGACCGGAAGUGGACACUUUGUGUACCAGGAUAACACGGGCUUGACUCAGCUGGCUCCGACGACGGUCGGCACGGUGCAGAUGGCAGCCCCAGCCGUGACACCCGCGUCCCUGCGGGAGAGACGCCUCUCUCAACCCCACUCUCAGACCGGUGGCACUAUCCAUCACUUGGGCCCUCAGAGUCCCGUGGCAUCCGGAGGCACUCUGACGGCCUUAGCCAACCCCGGUCACAUCACCACUUCCAACCUUCCUCCUCAGAUCAGCAGCAUCAUCCAGGGACAGCUUCGGCCCGUCGUUGCAGGGGUCGCCGCAUCCGGAAUGACAUCCUUCGGCACAGUCCCUCCCUCCAGUCCAUCUCGGAGUACCGCAAACCCUCCGCUGACACCCAAAAAGGUUCAGCCCAAGAAGCUGGAGGAGAUAGCACCCCCUAACGCUGAGGUGGCUCAGCUGAGGAAGCAGUGUUUGGAGCAUCACAGCAAGAAGAUGGAAAGCCUGAAGGACGUGUUCAAGGACUACCUGAUCGAGCUCUUCUUUCUGCAACACCUCCAAGGCAACAUGAUGGACUACCUCGCCUUCAAGAAGAAGCCGUGCGUGCCGCUCUACACCUACUUGAGGCAAAACGACCUCGAUCUCGAGGACGAGGAGGAAGAAGAAGAACAAUCCGAAGUCAUCAAUGACGAGGGACACUGUGUGAGCGUUGCAUGUACGUCUGUUUCUAUGACAACCACUCAGGUGAAAGUAGUGACAGGAAAGGAUGGCCAGACGGUGACGCCCGUCGCCAUAGCCACCCAGCUCCCACCCAACGUGUCUGCGGCGUUCUCCACUCAGCCACAGUUUCAGCUUCAUCCUGGUUCUGCAGGUGGGAACAUUUCCAAUCCCGUGGACAUGGAGGCCUUCAAACGGCAGCAGGCUCUGGCUCAAGCAGGUGGAAUGCCCCCGACGCCACAGGCAGUCCAGAUAGGGGGGCAGAACCAGAACCAGCAGCAGUACGACCCAUCCAAAGGCCCCCCGGUGCAGAACGCCGCCAGCCUCCACACUCCUCCGCCCCAGCUGCCGGGUCGACUUCCCCAAGCCGCGCUCCCUAUGGCUGCUCUGCCUCUCGCUCUGUCCCAGCCUCAGCCUGUGGUGCUGGAGCAGCAGUGCCAGGUGCCCGGCGGGCAGCUACAGCCCCAGGUGAAGCUGCAGGGGGCAGCGGCUGUGCUGGCUGCGGUGAACCCUCACCCACAGCUGCAGAUGCAGCUCCAAAUACAACAGCAGCAGCAGCAGCAAACACAGCCGGUCGUGCAGCCAGGACAGGCCACUGUCGCGCUGGUCCGGCCUGGAGCAGAGACGACCCAGACGGCUCAGCGUCUGAUCCCCAACCUCACGUCCUCCUCCGUCAUGUCCAACGCACCUUUAUCCUCUCUGCCCUCCCCUCUCUCGUCCGCUCCAGUCAGGGCUCCUGUGCCUCACACGCUCUCUUCUGCCUUGCACUCUAAACUCACCGUCUCUAACGGCACCACAGCGCCGAAGGUCUCCACGCUGAACCAGGGCCCGGCCGUAAACAACGUCCAGGAGAGCCCUCAGGACAAGCAGGCAGAGCAGGCUAAACUGGAGAACCAAGUGCAUCAGCGCAUCGCUGAGCUGAGGAAGGAGGGACAGUGGUCCGCUAGUCGGCUGCCUAAACUUCAGGAAGCCAGUCGGCCCAAAUCCCACUGGGACUACCUGCUGGAGGAGAUGCAGUGGAUGGCUGCCGAUUUCGCGCAGGAGAGACGCUGGAAGAUGGCCGCCGCCAAAAAGCUGGUUCGCACUUGCGCUCGUUACCACGUCGAGGCGAGGAAAACCGAAGAGAGGAAGAAGACGGAGGAGGAGCUGAGGUUGAGAAACAUAGCCAGCGUCAUCGCGCGUGAAGUAGACUACUUCUGGUCCAACAUCGAACAGGUGGUGGAAAUCAAGCUCCAUCUGGAGAUCUUAUGCAAAAGACAGAAAGCACUCAGGCUACAGAAAUCAGGAAACAAAGGACAGAGCAGUAAAUCUGCUCCAGCUUCAGGGGAGAAGGACAGCAGGGUGGAAUCUGUGAGCACUCGCAAGAGAAAGACGAGCAAGUCUCUUUCGGACGUAGAAGCUGACGAUGAGGAGAGCACAAUAGAGGAGCAGGAGGCCAUGGAAGUGGCUGCUGAGCAAAAAGAGGAGCUUGUUGAACUCACAAAGGAAGCCGAGGUGCCCCUGGAGACUCUGGUAAAGAAAUACGCCGGUGCGUAUGCUGAGGGAUUCGAGUGGCCCCAGCCUGCCUGCCAGAGUGAAGACGAGGAGAAAGAUGAAGACAGGGACAGUUGUCCAUUGGGCAGCCCUCACGAGGCGGUUCUCAUCGACACACUCCUGAGCGACGAGCAGUACCGCGGAGCCGAACGGAGCAGCAGCGCCUCAGGAACCGACGGCAAACCCAUGAAGGAUAUAGCAGAAGUGUCUCGGGCUACAGACCUGAUCCUACCUAAAGGCAGCGCUAGGACUACACCGAUCACUCGUCUUCCUGCGCCGUCGCUCCUUCACGGCUCUCUGAGAGAUUACCAGCAGGUGGGCGUCGAGUGGCUGGCUAACCUGCACCGGAAACAUCUCAACGGCAUUCUGGCAGACGAGACCGGACUGGGGAAGACCGUCCAGACCGUGGCCUACCUCGCACACCUCGCUUGUCAUGAAGGUAUUUGGGGCCCUCACCUGGUGGUGGUAAGAACCUGCAAGUUGCUAAACUGGGAACUGGAGUUCAAGCGUUGGUGCCCUGGCCUCAAAAUCGUUUUGUACUUGGGCAGCAAGAGAGAGCGCAGAUACAAACGAUCGUGGUGGUCCGAGCCCAACGGCUUCCACGUUUGCCUCACGUCAUACAAGCUUCUGCUGAAGGACCAGGCUCACUUCAUGAAGAGACGCUGGAGGCACCUGGUGCUGGACGAAGUGCAGCUGAUCAAGAACAUGACUGAGAAGCACUGGGAAACCAUCUUUAAGCUCAGGAGCCAGCAGAGGAUCCUGCUGAUUAACAGCCCACUACAGAACACACUGCGAGAGCUGUGGACCAUGAUACACUUCCUCCUGCCCGGGAUCACUCGCUCGUACCUGGACUUUCCCAUCCAACCAGGAACAGACCAAAACCAGGACUACUGCCACAAACUGGUCAUCAGACUACACAGGAUGAUUCAGCCCUUCAUCCUACGUCGCUCCAAGAGGGAUGUGGAGAAGCAGCUGCCUAAGAAGUACGAGCACAUCCUGAAGUGCCGUCUCUCUGCCAGGCAGAAGAGCAUGUACGAGGACAUCCUCACACAGACAAGUGCUCAGGAGGCUCUAAAGACAGGACACUUUGUAAGCGUGCUCCAGGUUCUAAUGCAGCUGCAGAGGAUCUGUAAUCACCCGGAUUUGAUCCAGAUCAGAGACACCUCCAGCUCGUACACAUGCCAAAGCCUUCAGUACAACACGCCAUCUUUACUGCUCACAGCUCUGCAGAAGGACCAGUGGAAGACCGUAGACUUGUCCCUUUUCGACCUGAUCGGUAACGAAGGCAGACUGACGCGCUUCGAGACGACAGACGUUCUUCCCAAACUCAGACUCAGUCAGCAGCUCAUCGAGGAGAUCCACAGCGCACCUGCACCUCCACCCAGACCCAAAGCGUGCAAGAUCAAGCCCAUGAGGCUGUUCCAACCAGUGCAGUACGGGACGAAACCCGAGGGGCGUCUUGUGCCCCUGGUCAGCACUUCACAAGGCCAGCGCUCCACUGCUACCACCACUGCUACCCCCACCACCACUUCUACCCCUACCGCUGUUGCACAGAACACCCAGGCCAGGGGCAAAUCUUCUAUUACCACCACCUCAUCUGCUCAGGCCAGCAGCACACCAGGACUUGCUGUUGCAGCUGCUCCCUCCACUACCACGUCUACCCAUGUGGCUUUAGGUGUAGCAGGGGUGGGUGCCGUAGCCCCCAGACCUGCUGUUGCCCCUCAGCCUCUAUCCACCCACCCCCUACUACCCCAGAGGCUGCUCCUCAGCUCCCAGGCCCAGGCUCGCUUGCCUAGCGGAGACGUGGUGAAAGUGGCUCAGUUGGCGUCUCAGAGUCGGAUAGCACAAACCGAGACCCCGGUCACACUGCAGUUUCAGGGCAAUAAGUUCACGUUGUCACCCAGCCAGCUGCGUCAGCUCACCACAGGACAGCCUCUUCAGCUCCAAGGAAACAUUCUUCAGAUCGUCUCGACCCCAGGGCAGCCGAUCCUCAGGCCCCCGGGCCCCUUGGUGAUGCAGCCGAUGCCGCAGCCCGUUCCUGUUCAGAACUCCACAGGUCCUCCUGCGCUCCCUCCACCCACCCCUGCACCUCCACAGGCCGCCGUGGCCGCUGGCGAUACGGCGACAAGUUCUGAUGCCAGGAGCAAUGCAAAGCCCUGCACUAAUGCUGCACCACAGGAGUCAAGCGAGGAGAAAAACAGGCAGCUGAAGGAGCGUCUAACGCGUCUGUUCGGCGUUAACGAGCGACGUGUUCAGCGUUCUGUCCUGUACGGUGCUGACCUUAUCGAGACUUGCUUCGUGACCAGGGGACGCGCUCCUCCCCCCCUCUCUGCGCCCCAGCACUCCCGCUGGACCUGGGUGGGCAGAGACGCCUGUCUGAAAGCACAACAGAACAGUGUUUACACAACAGACUCACUUCGCUCAGCUCUCCAGUCCCCUACAGACAGAUUACAGGAAGGAGACAGCCUUGUCAAAAGGCUGUCGUGUAUCCUUCCUACCGCUGUAGCUCCGCCCCCUCAGCUUUACGCAGCCGACCCACCGCCGCCGUACAGUCUGAAGCAGAAGGCUUUCGUGCGGCAGCUUCGGGAAGUCUCCGCCCCUUUUAUCUCCGAGAUCCGUGCUCUAUCCUGCCCGACUUUGUUUGAGCUUCCUGACAAACACCUGCUGGAAAUGGACUCAGGCAAGUUGGAGGCAUUGUCCAUCCUGCUGCACAAACUCAAGUCAGAGGGCAGGAGGGUUCUUAUCUUCACUCAGAUGGCCAGCAUGCUGGAUAUUCUGGAGGCCUUUCUGGACCGGCGACAUUUCACAUUCGUUCGCCUGGACGAGAGCCUCUCCCAUCAUGAAAGACAGGAUCAGAUAAAGGUGUUCAACUGCAACAGACAGUUUUUCUGCGCCAUCCUGACCAACCGUUGCUGCUCCGCCGUGGGUCACGUGUUCGACGCAGACACGGUCGUGUUCUACGACACGGACCUCAACCCCAGCAUGGACGCCCGGACGCAGGAAUGGUGCGACAAAGUCGGACGCUCCAAAGACAUCCACAUCUACAGGCUGGAAAGUGGAAACUCGAUAGAGGAGAAACUACUGAAGAACGGCACUAAGGACCUGAUCAGGGAAGUGGCAGCUCAAGGCACAGACUACACACUCGCUUUCCUCACACAGCGCACCAUCCAGGACCUAUUUGAGGUAGAAGCUGGAUCUGGAGAGAAGGUAGAGGAGUUUGUCGUACUCCACCAGGAACCGUCUCCAUCAGAAUCCAUCCCUCCGCACGUGGCCAGGCCGUACAUCCAGGCCCUCAACACCAUCACGCUGCACACGCUUCACCCAGAGGACAGACUGGAGCAGAAAGUGCUAGCGAAAGGAGAGAAACAAACGGAGCAGGUGGAGGAAGAAGGAGAGGUGACCGAGGAGGCGUCUCAGCUAGAGGAGCUGGCGUCUGUCGUAGAGCAGCUGACUCCUAUCGAGAGAUACGCGCUUCAUUGCCUGGAGUAUCUUCACGUCGGUAAAGACGAGGCCGUUGCUAAGGAGCGCACCGAAGCUUCUAAACGAGCCUGGGAGAUGCGGCAGCAACAGAAGCGAAAGCGUGAAGAACAGGAGCAGGCUGCUCUAGAAGACGAGGAAGAUCUCUUCACCUACACCAGAGAGGAUGCCUACAACAUGGAGUACGUGUUCGAGUCUACAGACGGUCAGACAGAAAUCAUGCCGCUGUGGACGCCACCGACGCCGCCGCAAGACGACAACGACAUCUACAUCGACUCUGUAAUCUGCCUGAUGUAUGACUCCGCCCCCAUGCCCGAGUCUAAACUGCCCCCGGUGUACAUCCGGAAGGAGCACAAGAGACCCAAGAUGGACCCAUCAUCCAUGGGCCGUAAGAAGAAGAAGGGUCACGGUGAGGCGGUGAUCCCACCGCGGUCGCUCUUCGAUAAGGCGAGCAUGUUGAAGGUGCGGCGAGAAGGAAAGGACCAGAAGAAGAACUUCUCUCUGAAGCAGCAGGCUCCGUUCGCCAAGCCGCUGCCCUCGCUGGUCAAACCCACCAUGGAGCCGGGACAGGACAAUCCAGAGUGGCUCAUCAGUGAAGACUGGGCUCUGCUGCAGGCUGUGAAACAGCUGCUUGAGCUCCCAAUGAACCUGACCAUCGUGUCACCGGCUCACACACCGAACUGGGACCUGGUGAGCGACGUGGUCAGCUCCUGCAGCAGGAUCUACCGCUCGCCGAAACAGUGCCGCAGCCGCUACGAGAACGUCAUCAUCCCCCGUGAGGAGGGCAAGUUAAUUUACGAAGCUAAUCCCAAGAAGAAGACCAAGAGCACCUAUAAGACGAAGAACAGCCGCCCGUUGCGCACGUGUCAGAUCUACACCCAGGACGACAACGCCACCCAGAUCCAGCUCUACAACAACCGCUUCGAGCUCAUGAAGAUCAUCGCCAGCAAGAGGAGUCCUCCAAUAAAACCUCUGCUGGGACUGAAUCCGUUCCAGAAGAACCCUAAACAUGCUUCUGUCUUAGCUGAAAGUGGGAUCAGCUAUGACAAACCCCUGCCUCCUAUCCAGGUGGCCUCUCAGAGAGCAGAGAGAAUCGCUAAAGAAAAGAAGGCUCUGGCAGAGCAGCAGAGGGCUCAGCAGUUAGCUCAGCAGCAGACAGCAGGAGCGACCCCAGGGACUCCAGGGGCCACCACUCAGCCUCAAGCCCAGCCACAGGCCGCUCCUGCUGGUCUACAGGCCACUGGAGUUCCUCAGGGAACCCAGCAAGGAGCUGCCGCAGUCCCGAACACCGCCGUGCUGACUGGCACCAUCAAGACUGCAGCUACUAACACAGGCAUUCAGACAGCAGCUGCAGUGGGAGGGAACGUGAUCGUGAACACCGUAGCCAGCGUAUCUCCAGGCCAGUUUCAGGGAAACAAGCGGCUCGCUUCUCCCGUCAUUUCCGGAGCUUUAGCUGUUACAGGUGCUGCAACAGCUCAAGUGGUUCACAACCAGCAGAGGGCUGUCGCUUCUGUCCCCGCUGCCACCCCGGCUGAAGUUGUAGCCAUAGCGACUAGCCAGGGUGUCCGUGCCGUAACCCCGGUGACCGCCUCGGCUGUGGUGUCCUCGACUCUGACUCAGGUGUCACAGACACGCUCGCUCGUUGCUCAGGGGGUGCAGUUGUCCCAGGGGAAGCAGAUCACUCAGGCUCAACUGCAGAUCAUUAGGCAGCAGCAGCAGCUCCAACAGCAGCAGCCACAGCAGCAGCAGCAGGCUGGUUCUCCUCAGAUUAAAGCAGUGAACAAACCACAGCAGAUUCAUAAGCAGAAGCUGCAGGUAGUAGCUGCUCAGGGCCAGCAGUCCACCGUUACCCAGCAGCCCCAGCAGGUCCAAGCCACUCCGACACCGCAGACCAGCACGCAGCUCACUCCGGUGGCAGCCGUGCCCAGACCUGGAGCCGUGCUCACGGGGACCACUGGCUCUAGUCUGCAGGUGGCCAGACUGACGCGAGUCUCGGCUUCAGGCCCCGUCACAGCUCAGGCGGGGCAGACGGCCCAGGUGACUCUGACCAAACCUCCUCCAGUGGUGUCCGUUCCAGCCGUGGUGUCUUCCACCGGAGUCACCACGCUGCCGGUGACCGUCGCUGGAAUCAGCGUGGCUAUAGGACAGGCCCAGAAAACAGUUGGGCCUGUGGUAAGUCCAUUCCAGGUUCAGCAGUUGUUGCGACAGAAGCAACAGGCGGCACCACAACAGAAAGUAGCACAACCUCAACAAACGCAGGCUGCAGUGCAGCAGAAGUUGGCCACUCAGCAGGCGGCUCAGGCGGCUCAGGGCCCACAGAAGGUGACGUACACAACCACACAGCUGCAGCCGGGCAUUAAGACUCAGUUCUUCACUUCUCUCUCUGCCCCGGCACAGAAGUCUGCCACUACACAGCAGAUCCAGGUCACUAAAAUUCCUCAGAUUGCUGUGCAACAGCAGAUAGUGUCCUCACCCCAGCAGGCCCAGCCUCAGACAGUAACUCUCACCCAGGCGGCUGCUGCGGCCGGGUCGUCUCCUGCUCAGGUGCAGAUGAUCCCCACAGGCUCCACCUCUGCCACACAGGUUGUCCAUCAGAAACUCCUCCAGCAGCAGCAGCAGCAGCCACAACAGCAGGUUGUCGCCACAUCAGCUCCCGUCUCCUCCCCUCAGAUUCAGGUUCCGGCUCCUCAAAGCCCCGCCCAGCAGCAGAGCUCCGCGGUGACCCCUACAGCCGACGCACCGAUACAGCAGCCUGGAACGCCACAGCCUCAACCGGGCAAAGCAAACGCACGUGCAGGAGCCGCCAUGCGCGCCAAAACGCCCGCCAAACCCAGCGGAGGCAGCUAGACACACACACACACAUAAACACACUGCUUUAUAUCCUCACAGGUGUGUGUUAGUUCAUUCAGAGGACAUCCACUGUGCUUUCCUGUCCAGUGUCCUAAUCAUCGUGUUAUUAAGCUAAACGACUCGGCAGAGACACUACGGACAGCAGUGAAACAGGCUUUUUAACAUAUAUGCGUACACACACACAUACACACAUACACACACACACACACACACACACUUUUUCUCCACAGUGUGGAAGUUAUUUUACAGGAUUCUUAUGCUGUAAAAUGCUUGUUUUUUUUUUUUUGUUUUGUCUUUUUUUUCUUCUACCACACCCACCUUUCUUUGUUUAUACACCUGUUACACAUUUAUUAUCCUCAGAUGAAACUAAGAACGAGUCUGUGAGUAUUUUACGACGACUGUCAGGGGUGGGCAAAUUCUCGUUCUGUCUUUUCGUGGCAAGUUGUUCUGGCGUUUAUAGAGAUCCUAUAAAACCUCACGCUGUCAAGUUGUAACCGGUAGCUGAUUGGAUGAUACCCCGUAACAUCGAGAUCUGAUCGGUUAAAAGGGUUUAUUCCUGUCACAUUGCCCCGCCCCUACCAUCCUACCAGCCAUGAUUAGGUUUUGAGCUGAUCAGAUGAAUCAGGUGUGUGCAGUUCAAGUAAAAGCCCCAGGAACUGGUUGAAGAUUUUAGAUACCUCGUGUAAAUCGUACACUUUAUAUAGCUGAAACGUCCUCUUUAGUCGUGGCCAGUUAGGACCUGUAGAGUGUGAACAUCCUGUUCGGGAUGUAGGAUUAAUGAGCGAACCAGGUUUAAAUCUGUAUUGGGAACAGAAGUCUUUAGAGCAGUAGAGGUGACGAGGUAUUCGGUGUUCUGGACGAUCUCGCACGUCGUCUCAUAGCGAGUUGUGUGUUAGACUUGUUGUAAAUGUGUGAUCGUCAUGUUAUGUACUAGAGACGCACCAAUCCAUAAUGGAGUACGAGAUCGCUACAGAUUUAUCGUAUAUCGUAAGGGGAUUUAAAAACAAAUGAAAAUGUUCUCCACAAUGAAUCUAGUAGCCAGUUCACAAAAACAACCCCAAAAUAAUAUCAAGAAAUAUGUCAGUAUCGGUGCAGUGUGUAAUCUGGGAAACAACAGGAGUGGUGCAUCUGUGUGUGUGUGUGUGUGUGAGUGUGUGCACGUCACUGGACGUUUCAUAAUAAACUGCUCAUGACGUCUCUGAUCAGCAACAGACGGAGUGCAAAUGAUCUUUUCCUCUUUGUGUGUGUGUUUUUUUUUUUUGUUGUUUUUUAAUUCUGUAUCAGCUGCACUGUAAAAUUGUGUUGAUGUAUCUGUAAUGUUUCAUUCACCUUCAUAUAUUUGUCUUUUUAUUCAUUCUGAGGAACAAAUGUGUAAAUAACAGAAGGGAAGACAUUUGUAACUGUAAAGCAGUUGUGUUUUCAUUGGAUUUUUUUUUUUUGUUUUC